AUGGCUGAUAUCACCGCCGCUGUCGCUGACGAGAAUCCUUCUCCUCCCCAGGAUGACCUCGUCUCCGGAGGCAAUGGCGCUGCCACGGCUGCCGCUGCCGCUGCUGCUGCUGCUGCUGCCGCCGCCGCCGCCGAGAAUCGCGGUACUAAACGUCCUCGAGUUAGCAAUGCUGGCGAGGACGAUGACGAUGAUGAGGAUAAACCUGGCCGUGAGCGCCGGAAGAUAGAAAUCAAGUUCAUCCAGGACAAGUCGCGUCGCCAUAUCACUUUCUCCAAGCGCAAGGCUGGUAUAAUGAAGAAGGCGUACGAGUUAUCCGUCCUUACUGGCACCCAAGUCUUACUCCUCGUCGUAUCCGAAACGGGUCUCGUUUACACAUUCACCACCCCGAAACUCCAACCUCUCGUCACCAAAUCUGAAGGGAAGAACCUUAUCCAGGCUUGUUUGAAUGCCCCAGAGCCUACCGCCAGCGAAAAUGGCGUCGAGGUCCCCGAAGUACCUCCGGAAGCCCAAGAUGAUGUCAGCCAUGCCAAUGUCGCAGGCCAGCAACCCAACAUCCCCCGUCCCGGUGGCAUACAUCCUGGAUAUAUGUCCAGCGAGCACCAGCAACAGAUUGCAUAUUACCAGAACCUCCAACAGCAGCAGCAAGCACAGGCCGGAGGUCAGUAUCCAGGUAUGCCAGUUGGUGCACGCCUACCACAGCAACAUCAACCCGCUGCAUAG